CUCCCCCACGAUCUGUACCCAAUUAGAGGAGGAGUUGAGCAAGUGGCUGGAGUGCAGAUUGACUAUAGAAUUAGAACUGGAAGACUAGACUCUGAGUGGAGACUAUACUUCUUUAGUUUAAAUAUGUCUGUUCCUUCUGAGAAAGCCAAGCGAUACGAUAGGCAGUUGAGACUGUGGGGUGAUCAUGGGCAAGGCUGUCUUGAGGAUGCUCACAUCUGCUUGAUCAACGCCUCAGCCACUGGGACUGAAAUACUGAAAAACUUAGUGCUUCCAGGCAUUGGAGCCUUCACAAUAGUAGACAGUAACAAAGUUCGCGAGAGUGAUUUAGGAAGCAAUUUUUUUGUCACUGCCAAUGCUGUUGGAAAAUUCCGAGCCGAAGUUGCUGUCGAACUGCUGGUCGAAUUGAACACGGAAGUCCGAGGAAAUUUCAUUGAAGACAGUGUUGAAUCGCUUCUUGACUCGAAUCCUAAUUUCUUCGAUACGUUCACAUUGGUUGUAGCCACAGAUAUUCCCGAAAGCACCUUGCUGAAGUUAUCCCAAGCUCUUUGGAAAGCAUCCACUCUGCUUCUUGUUGCAUGGUCGUAUGGUCUUUUAGGGUAUAUCCGAAUCAGCUUUCCACAACAUGAGGUGAUUGAAGCGCAUCCGGAUAAUUCUCAUAACGACCUUCGAUUGGAUUGCCCAUUUCCCAGCCUAGUCACCUACAUGGAUCAAAUUGACCUUGACAACUGUGAUAACACUGCACAUGGAAAUGUGCCUUAUCUCGCUGUGCUCUACAAGUACAUUAAGAAAUGGAAGGACGCCCAUAAUGGUGAGAUGCCUAGAACAUACAAGGAGAAAAAAGAACUGAAAAGUGUGAUUGAGGAUGGAAUUCGAAAGAAUGAAGAUGGAGUUCCGCUUGAUGAAGACAAUUUCCAAGAGGCGAUGACAAAUUUGAACGGUAUUAUUGUGCCAACUCAAAUCUCGUCUGUUGUUCAACAAAUAUUCGAUAACCCCUGCUGUGAUCACAUCUCUCCAGAUUCUAGUGAUUUUUGGCUGCUUGCUCGAGCUGUGAGGGAGUUUGUAACCAAUGACGGUUGUGGACGUUUGCCUCUCCGUGGUUCCAUUCCAGACAUGACUUCCUCCUCUGACCUCUACAUAAGCUUGCAGCGUGCAUACCAAAGUAAGGCAAGAGAAGAUCUUGAAAGUGUGUCUGAUCAUCUUGGGCAGCUCUUGGUGUCUUUAAACAAGCCUUCCAACUCCAUUCCAGAAAAUACGAUCAAGUUGUUUUGUCGAAAUGCUGCAUUUAUUCGAGUUCUUCGUUAUCGAUCGAUAGAGACUGAAUUACAUAGCCCAAAUGUCGAUGAACUGCGCAGGAAUCUGGAUAACCCUGACAGUGAUAUUGUGUACUAUGUCUUACUUAGAGCUGCUGCACAGUAUUACUCUAUAUUCAAGUACUAUCCUGGAGGAAAACGAGGUCCUAUUGAAGCAGAUGUGUUGCAAAUGAAAACCAGUGUGGCAAACUUACUUCAACAAUGGGGGCUGCCCAUGUACUCUGUUCGUGAUGAUCAUAUCACUGAGUUCUGUCGAUAUGGGGGAGGUGAGAUCCACUCAAUUGCUGCCUACAUUGGAGGAGUUGCUGCCCAGGAGGUGAUCAAGAUCAUUACCAAGCAGUAUGUUCCUUUGAACAAUACCUACAUUUACAAUGCUGCUUCAUGCACCUCUAUGACUGUUGAACUUUAGAUAAAGAUGUAUGUAUGACUGUUGAGCUUUAGAAAAGAUGUAUGUAUGUAGAUGCUGAUCUAGAAUUUUGGUUUAGUUCAGAG